AUGUCAGGUCAGCCGUCUAGUGUGCGCCUCCGGAUGGCCCGUACUCACCCUCGUUGGCGGGACACUCGUCUCGCGAGCACGACGACCACUGAGAGGUGCCGCCGUGGUUUGCGCGCUGCCAAAUCAGAUGAGGAAGAUGACCCCGGGAGCACCUGCGCCGACCUCCUCGCCAAGACUCCGGACGAGUCCGCGACCAGCCGCGCCGCGGCGGGCGCACGGAGACAGAUACCGCCUCCCCGCUGCCCUGGCUGCCAGAACGCCGCAGAGCGGGCUGGCGCGGUGGCGCGCGCGGACCGUGUCCGCGUGCGCCCUCGACGUCGCCGCCUCCCGCUCAUCGAGCGCCCAGCGCUGCUCGUUCGCGGCGUAUUCGUCGUCUGCCACACCGGGCACACUGCGAACGACUCAUGA